UCCAGCCCAGUCCUGUCCAGCCCAGUCCAGUCCUGUCCAGUCCUGCCCAGCCCGACAAUGAGCGACAAGACGCCACUGGACCCCAAUCAGCCGGUGCUGUACAUUGAUCAUUGUCGGUACCGCGAGAAUUUCCGCCGAGACGCCCUCCAGCUGCACGUCUCGCUGGCGGAGGCCUUGCGGGCCCUCCAUCCGCGGGUCAAGCUGCAGCUGCGGAUCAACGAGCACGGUCCGCCGGAGGAGGAGGGCGCCUUCGAGGUGGCGAUUGCCGCCACGCCCGCCGAGUCCCCCUCGGACAGGCAGCACAUCUGGACGGGUCUGCGGCGGGUCCCGUUCGCCGCGAAGGUGCCGCAUGUGGACGACAUAAUCACUCCCGUCUGCAAUGCCCUGCAACUGGUGCGGGACGACGACCACACGGACGGGGAGUCGCACCGACGGAAGAUGGCGAAUCUGAGACGCAGUCGCAGUCCCCGAUGAGCCCAAUAACAGUAGGGCAGGGAUAAAAGUGGGAGGAGAGUGAAGGGCAGCGGAGGAAUCUCCUGGGGAAUAAAAUUUGGAGCA